AAAGUGAAAAGUGAAAGACAUUCGUGUGAGAGACAGACCGCCACAACGCAACUACAAGGAAUCUCUUCUUUCCUCUUUAAAUAUAUUUAUCAAACGCAGAAACAAACACUCUAUUCUGUCUCUGCUACUGCCGAUUCAAACCCCAAACCCUAACUCAACUCAGGAGGUUCAGAGAAUUUGUGAUGGCUUCCAAGAGGAUUAACAAGGAGUUGAAAGACCUGCAGAAGGACCCUCCUGCUUCAUGCAGUGCUGGUCCUGUUGCUGAUGAUAUGUUCCACUGGCAAGCAACAAUUAUGGGCCCAGCUGACAGCCCAUUUACUGGUGGUGUAUUCCUUGUGUCCAUUCACUUUCCUCCAGAUUACCCAUUCAAGCCACCCAAGGUCUCCUUCCGUACAAAGGUUUUCCACCCUAACAUCAACAGCAAUGGAAGCAUUUGUCUUGACAUUCUCAAAGAGCAGUGGAGCCCUGCCCUUACAAUAUCCAAGGUUCUUCUGUCUAUCUGCUCACUGCUGACUGAUCCAAACCCGGAUGAUCCCCUGGUGCCUGAAAUUGCUCACAUGUACAAGACAGACAGAUUCAAGUAUGAAACCACUGCUCGGUCUUGGACCCAGAAAUAUGCCAUGGGCUAGGGUUCUACAUUUGCAAGAUGAAGACAGAAGUCCGUGGUCGUAACUAGUAAAUAAUAGAAACUUUGUCCAGGUCUGCCGUUGUUGUCUUGGUUUCUGAAGAUCUGUGGGAUUAUAUUUAUUAAUGCAUGUUCUAUAACAGUUAUAUAAAAACAGAAAUGCAUAAUGUUAUCUAUGCUCUGCUUCAUUCUAA